GACCAUCGAUGCGUGUGGUCUGCAGCUGCGCCUGAAUCGAGAACUCGCUCGCAGCUCCUUCUUUCUGCUGCGUGAACCCCGGCGAGCAAACAUCCAAAAAUGGCUCUACAUGUGCCGAAAGCUCCGGGCUUCGCCCAAAUGUUAAAGGAUGGCGCCAAGCAUUACUCCGGGCUAGAGGAGGCGAUCUUCCGUAACAUUCAAGCAUGCAAAGAACUGGCACAGACCACACGGACGGCUUAUGGGCCAAAUGGCAUGAAUAAGAUGGUCAUCAACCACCUGGAGAAGCUCUUCGUCACCAAUGAUGCAGCGACCAUUUUGAGAGAACUCGAGGUCCAGCACCCAGCAGCCAAGAUGAUCGUCAUGGCGUCCCACAUGCAGGAGCAGGAGGUCGGGGACGGCACUAACUUUGUCCUGGUGUUUGCCGGAGCUCUGUUGGAGCUGGCUGAGGAGCUACUGAGAAUGGGCCUGUCCGUGUCCGAGGUCAUCGAGGGGUACGAGCUGGCCUGUAAGAAGACCCUGGACAUCCUGCCGGACUGCGUGUGCGCCUCGGCCCAGAACCUGCACGAUCUGGACGAGGCCACCGCCAUGAUCCGCCCCGCCGUCAUGAGCAAGCAGUACGGCAACGAGGACUUCCUGGCCAACCUCAUCGCCCAGGCCUGUGUUUCCAUCUAUUCCGAGUCUGGAAACUUCAACGUGGACAGUGUCAGAGUCUGCAAAAUCCUGGGCUGUGGGUUGAACGCCUCGUCGGUCCUGCACGGAAUGGUGUUUAAGAAAGAAGCGGAAGGAGACAUCACAUCGGUCAAAGAGGCUAAGAUCGCCGUGUUCUCCUGCCCCUUCGACUGCAUGGUGACCGAGACCAAGGGGACGGUGUUGAUUAAGAACGCAGGCGAGCUCCUGAGCUUCAGCAGGGGCGAGGAGGACAUGAUGGAGGCCCAGGUGAAGGCCAUCGCAGAGUCAGGCGCUAACGUGGUGGUCACCGGGGGAAAGGUGGCCGACAUGGCCCUCCACUACGCCAACAAGUACCAGCUGAUGGUGGUCAGGCUGAACUCCAAAUGGGAUUUGAGAAGAUUGUGCAAAACAGUGGGAGGCACCGCACUACCCAGAUUGACCGCCCCGACGCCCGAGGAGAUGGGCCGCUGUGACAGCGUCUUCCUCACGGAGCUCGGCGACACGCAGGUGGUCAUCUUCAAACACGAAAAAGAAGAUGGCGCCAUCUCCACCCUGGUGAUCCGCGGAUCCACAGACAACCGGAUGGACGACAUCGAGCGAGCCGUCGAUGACGGCGUCAACACGUUCAAAAUUCUGGUCAGGGACAAGCGUCUGCUGCCCGGUGCGGGGGCCACAGAGAUCGAGCUGGCCAAACAGAUCACAUCUUACGGCGAGUCCUGCCCGGGGCUGGAGCAGUACGCCAUCAAGAAGUUCGCCGAGGCCUUCGAGGCGGUGCCCCGCGCGCUGGCCGAGAACUCGGGCGUCAAGGGCAACGAGCUCAUCUCCAAACUGUACGCCUCGCACCACGAGGGGAACAAGAGCAUGGGCUUCGACAUCGAGGCUGAGGGUGCUACUCUGAAGGACAUGGUGGAGGCCCGUAUCUUCGACCCCUACCUGGUCAAGCACUGGGGCAUCAAACUGGCCACCAACGCCGCCGUCACUGUGCUCAGAGUCGACCAGAUCAUUAUGGCUAAGCCAGCAGGUGGACCCAGGGCCCCCAAACAGCAAGGACACUGGGACACAGACGGCUGGGAGGAGGAGCCUGAUAAAUUCGACAGCCAUUGUUAAUUUAAAAAGGGCUAAUUUAAAAGAUCAUCAUGGCUAAACCAGCAGGGGGGCCAAAAGCCCCGCAAGCCAAGCCAGGGUGGGAUGAUGAAGACUAAGAUGGGGUCUCCUGGAUCCUCUUCACCACCUUAAUUUAAUGUCCACUUGCUUUGUACUGUCCAGGAAUUACCAUGUGCUGUUAUACAGAUCAAAAUGGCUGCUGUCACUUUUUCUGUUUUUUUUUUCUGUUAGUUUUUUUUCCAUAAUAAAAGGCACUUGAGCUGUCAAUUA